AUGAGCAUAUCAGAAACGGUGCAAAUCAUCAGCCAUUCCUACUACGUACCUACAGUGAAGUUAAUACUUGUUUCAUUCUCUGGCUUUGACGAAAGUGAGAGGGCGGCAAUGAAGUUUAUGGUGGAAACGAUGGGAGCUAAAUUCACGCCAUAUCUUAGUCGUCUCAAUAAUCUACUUAUUGCAAAAAGUGUUGGUGUGGAAAAAGUCGAAAAGGCGCGAGAAUGGGAUAUCCCAAUCGUGAACUACCAGUGGCUAGCUGAUAGUUACGCUGGACAAAGAGUGGAAAUCGACAAUCCGCGAUAUCAGGUAGGACAACCAUGUGAAGGCGUAUCACCUGGUCCAUAUGCCCUCGAAAUGAUCAACGAUCAAUUUAAACAGCUUCUUCUUGCCUGGAAAAUGCCCAUAAUUGUGUCGCCAGAGCAGUGGCGGCGAUCAUUUGACACAAAACAAGCAGUAGAGAACGACGAAGGGGUUUUCCCUAACAAGAAACUUCGGGCUCAGUCAGCCCCUCCCAGUGAAGCAGAGAUUGCCGCGAAAGCAGAAGAGCGCAAAAAGGCUGGCGGUAAACAUCCAGAGUAUGUGGUAGCAUUCUGUGGAAUAGAUGAAGAGAAUAAACAUGUGCUGACUCAGGUCGGUCAUAACUGCUAUUGAUU